AUCUUUCGUGUUUUGUGGCAAAACUUUCGCUCAACAUAGUAAAUAAACCAUGGGGGUCUUAAUUUCAAGAUUUAGGCGUCAAAAGACAACAAUAGAAGUGUUAGAAGAUAUUGAUAAGGAAAUAGGCACUUUACAGAAAUAUAGAAGGAAGAAUCAAGAGAAUCAGAAGAAGUUUAUAGCUAGUUUAGUUAUGUAUUCUAUAAUACUAUAUAUCAUAGUGGCUGUUAUAUUCUUUAUCUUCUAUUUUCCUGUCAAAUGGAGAGACAGAGUUAUACCCUGUAGUUUACUCUUAAUCUUUCCUGUUCUUGUAUGGUUAUUAAAGAAGCUUCUACACUGGCAUUAUGUUAAAAGAACAUCAAAUACUGAUAUUGCCCUAGUUGAAAUAAGAGAAAAAAAGAAACAAAUUUUAGAAGAUGUGAUUGAAAAUGAAACCUAUAAAAAAGCGAGAGAAAUUUUAGAAAAGUUUGAUCCAGCCAGAUUUAAACAACUUGAGAAACCAGCAUCAUCACCAACCUCACCAAAACUUUCAGCUCCUCUGCAGGCGCCUGGUUCAAGCUCGACUCCAAAUUUGCGUCAGAGACAGACACCAAUACCAGUCAAUAGGCUGAUUAUCAGACCCCAGACACCAAGUCAUACCCCAACACAACUACAGUUCCGACCACGAUCCCCACCAAUUAUACAACGAACACCCUUACAACAACAACACUAUAGUCAAAAUGGUAGUCAAAUGUGGAUGAGAUAUGAACGUCCUCCUGGCCCACCGUUACCAAGAUCUUUACUACCAAGAGAGAGGUCAUCAUUUGAUAAAGCAGUGGACUAUUUAUUUGGGGAUGGACCACAAAACAGAUUUGCUUUAAUAUGUAGACAGUGUUCAUCACAUAAUGGAAUGGCCUUGAAAGAAGAAUUUGAAUAUUUGAGUUUCCGAUGUUGUUAUUGUUUUACCUUUAAUACUGCAAGAAAACAGAAACCUAAUGCUCCUAAAUUAGAAUUUCCUACACCAGUAAUGCAGAGAAAAAAAUAUUCCCCAGAUGCUUCUAAAAAUAAUGACUCUUCAUCGGAGGAGGAAGAAGAUGGCAGUUCUGAAGGUGAUAAAAGAGAGGGAGCCACCUCAGAAACACAGAGAAAACAUUCAGAGAAUGGAAAAUCUAACGUGCCAGAUUCAACAACCCCAAACACAGAGAAAAAAAGAGAAGUCAUACCAGCUGCUUCAAAAGCUUCAAAACCUACAACUGAGAAUUUAAUUCAAAGAAAAUUAGUUAGUAAUCCUACACCUAAAUCCGAAAGUGUUCAUGAAAAGAAUGUCAAUGGUGUAUCAGAUCAGGUUCCAAAAGAAAAACCCAAAAAUGUCUGA